AUGGCCAAGACAAUAUGGGACUACAUUCACGAAGCCUGCACGCAGUGCAACAUGGGCAUUCGAAGUGACAUCCCCCCCUUCACCGGCAACCAGGAUAUUGAAUCCUCUCUCAUCGACGCAGGAGACAGGAACAGAGUCCUGUUAUUCCCAGGCGCCUUCAAUCCUGCUCACGAAGGUCAUCUCCAGCUUCUCGAAAGCAUCCUCACUGCCACGAAGAAGACUCUCAGCAUCAGGGGAGUCGUCAUCGUGCCGCACGAUGACGAACAAGUUCAAGACAAGACCAUGGAAGAGCCAGCAACCCUCGAUCUGGCCAAGUCUCAGCGCUCGACUCUUUGGAGAAGAGCCGUUGGGUUCCCGGAAAACAAGGCAUGGAUAUUCACGGGGUCGCGCUCCGCCCUGGCAAUGUUCCAGGAACAACUGCAGGAUAAUCUGAGAAAGGAGAACAUCAGUCUGACGUUUCUGCUCCUAGUGGGCGCGGAUUGGAUCAGCACUAGGGCAAUUUACGACCCCGGCGAGUGGAACUGCAGCGAGGCCAUCACGUCUGACGUGUCCCGGCCUGUGGAUUUCCGUUGCGAAUAUACGCUUCGACAGAUGCCGGGCUGCUUCGAGUGGGUUCAAGUAGUUUUUGGUGAGGAUACCGAUGAUCUCUCUCGGGGCUCUCUUCAACUCACAUGCAGACCCAAUGUGAUGGAGGGAGUCAGUCUAUGGUCGGCUUUGACAGUGAGACGACCCUUGCGCCGAUACUACUUUGUGCCUUGCCGGCGGCCAUGUUCUCCGGAUACGCCAUAUCCCAGCUCUACGCGUAUCCGGCAAAGGAUAUUCGAAGCCCGCGCCGCACGUCUCCCCGUGGACGAGGACGUCUUGGCAACGGCUUUGUCGCAAGACAUUUUGUUGGGGUAUGUGCGAGGGAGUGUGGACUCUCUCGACGGGGACGGCGAGAGGGCCGAGGACGAGGACGCAGGAAAUGACGAUGAUGCAACGCGUCACUGCCAGGUUGUUAUACGGAGCUCCCUGUGA